AUGGAAAACACGGACGCUGGCAUUGAGCAUGUCGAGCGGACUGGCGCUGCUGGCGUCGGGAACAAUGUGGAUGAACCAUCUGAGCGUCCGCCGGGAGCACGACGGACGGCGAGGAGCUCCCACAGCCGUCCCAGGCCAAUGUCAAUGCCUCCCGUUGCCAAUCCAGACGGUUCUGUAGCCCAGCAGACGCAGGAACAAGGCCAUCAUGCCCACGACGCGCGCACACAUUCGACGGCGACGACGCGACGAGGCGGCUCGCGGGCGACGGUGCGGGUGAUUGGAAACUACUCGCUCGGAAAGACGCUGGGAGCGGGUUCGAUGGGCAAAGUAAAGCUCGCAUAUCACAACCAGACGGGCGAAAAGCUCGCUAUCAAAAUCGUUCCACGGCCUAGCGGAUCCCAUUCCAACCAGGGAAACCCGACGGCCUCGUUUCUCGCCAGACAGGCCGCAAAGGACGCUUCAAAGGAGAUUCGCACCGUCAGAGAGGCCGCUCUGUCCAUGAUUCUCUUCCAUCCGUACAUCUGUGGCACCCGCGAGAUUAUUGCCCAGCCAAACUACCACUACAUCGUCUUCGAGUUUGUCAACGGCGGCCAGAUGCUCGACUAUAUCAUCAGCCACGGCAGAUUACGCGAGCGUGUAGCGCGCAAAUUUGCUCGUCAGAUUGGCUCCGCAUUAGAGUAUUGUCACAAGAACAACGUCGUCCACCGAGACUUGAAAAUAGAAAACAUUCUCAUCUCCGAGUCGGGCAACAUCAAGAUCAUUGAUUUCGGCCUCUCCAAUCUCUAUAACCCCGCCGCCAAUCUCACCACGUUUUGCGGUUCUUUGUAUUUUGCCGCCCCCGAACUUCUCAAUGCCAAAGCCUAUACCGGUCCAGAGGUCGACAUCUGGAGCUUUGGAGUCGUUCUUUAUGUACUCGUCUGCGGCAAGGUUCCGUUUGACGAUCAGCAUAUGCCCGCGCUUCAUGCAAAGAUCAAGCGCGGAAUCGUCGAUUAUCCCACAUGGCUGAGUGCCGAAUGCAAACACAUUCUCUCCCGCAUGCUGGUGGUCGUGCCUUCGCAGCGAGCGACCCUCCACGAGGUACUGAAUCACCCCUGGAUGCUCAGGGGCUUUAGUGGACCUCCAGAUCCUCAUCUCCUCCCACGCGAACCCCUCAAGGCCAGCGAAUUGGACCCCAAUGUCAUUCGCGGAAUGACCGGUUUCGAGUUUGGGACUCCAGCAGAAAUUGAGCAAAAACUUCGCAACGUCUUGGAGACAAACACUUAUAGGCGAAUGGUAGAAAUAUUUGAGAGAAAGCAUGACAUUGCUCGGACCAAUGGCCGUCCCGAGUCGCCUUCGAGUUCUCAUACCGCCAUUAACAGCAUGGGAGCAAACCAGAUGGGCGACUCGGCUGCCAGCAAAAAGGGAUCGAAGCGAUUCUCCGGUUUCGACUUUUACAAGCGCAGGUUUUUCUCUCAGGGCAACUCGCCGCCCAGCACACCCACUGGACGCCUCCCGAUGAGCACCACAUUCGGUCCUCAAUCCACAGCAGUCAUGGACAGCUCUCGAGGAAGCGAUUACAUCGACCCAACUCUUGGUUUCCAUCCGUUGAUCUCCAUCUACUUCCUUGUCCGCGAAAAGAUAGAAAGAGAACGAGUUUAUGGACCCCAAUUCGCGAGCUCUCAAAUUUCGCUCAGCCCCCCACAACCCGUGAGCUCUACCUCGCGCCAGGAGGCACCCGUCUCGUUGAAUGUGGCACAAUCAGGACCCGUCUCCCCGCCAAGCGCCUACAAGACCAGCAGCAGCAGUACAAACAACGGCCCUGCAAAACCAGCCCCAGUCUCUGUGGCGCCUCCGUCUGCAUCCUACCAAAAGCGCGAUCUCAAUAUGCCCUUACCAGGACUUCCGGCGCCAGAGCCGACGCAUCAAGCUGGACCGGCCUACGAAUCGCCUGUUCCAAAGUCUCCAACGACGUCGAUGCAACCUCAGGCUCGGACGAUUGCUACAGAUCUCCCCGUCAAUGUCCAACCGGAGAAGGAGCCCAAGUCGUCUACACCGCCUUCUGCCUUUAUGCCUGCGCCACCAAAGGCCGCAGAGAAGCAUCAGCACCGACGAAGUACCUCGCUUACCAGCCGUGCUGGGCUCAUGGCCGGUUGGGGUGUAUCACGCACGGCGGCACCACCGCGGACUGCCGGGCCAGAGCAGACGGCAUUCGAUGAGAAUGUCGAGAUCGAGCCUCGUCGCUCGGAGCAUCAGCCACGUGAAUCAGAAGAUGGCCGUACGUCUCCUACGAGUGGCAGGGAAUCGUCUGCUGGUGGAUCAACUAUUCGCCGCUUUACUACCAUGAUCGGCAAUCGAUUCAGUGAGGAGGGACGAAAGACGUUGGGCAGACGUGGAAGUAUUUUGAGAGGUGGCCUUCUCCCUCCACGCCAUUCGGUUGAUGUUGCGUCUCGGGAAGCACACAAGCCCGUUACUCCAGUCCACAAGUCUGAAGAGAAACUAGCGAGGGAGGGGCCCUCGACGCCGCUAGAGACUACACAAAGUGUCCCACUCACGUCUACCCAGCCUGCGAAUAACCUCCACCGGAGAGCGGCUACCAUUGUCGAUUCUACUAGCAGGGACAGUAAACAUACCCGCCGUGGAAGCUUGAGUGCUGGGUUUGCCCUUGGAGGGUUUGGCGCAACUAUUCGGCGACCUCGUACGGGCCAGACCGCUCGGCCAUCGGGGCCGGCCGAAGGAGAGGAGACUGCAGAGAAGGAGCAACAACCUCGGAAUACCGACCUAGAAAGCGAGGGUGUCCUGGUCAAUGGCGAGGAGACGCGCGUAGAAGCCGCAGAGGACGAGGGUAGCGCCACCGAACGAGAUGUCAAGCCGCUCUAUCUCAAAGGGCUUUUUAGCGUGGCGACCACGACUACACGACCUGCCAACGUGAUCAAGAAUGACAUUCGCAAUGUUUUGGACCGUAUGCAAAUUCAGUAUCGGGAGAUCAAGGGUGGCUUCGAAUGCAUUCAUGCGCCGUCCAUCGACCUCGCGUCGGUGCAAAUAGAGGGGCCCUCGCGUGCCGCUGGACAGAGCAGCCGACAAGAGCCGCCCUCGUUUUCCAAUGAUACAUCUGCGGCUUCGACUAUUCGCCGAGGUGUUGUCAGAAAGGCCUCCAAGCUUUCCUUUGCGGCUGUGCGCAAAAAGGAAAAGUCACGAGAACAGGAGCCAUCUUCGGCCACACCGAUGACGCCAGCGAGUGCUGUUCCUCCCUCAGUAGUCGUGACAAAGGGUGAAGAAAAGGAAUUGCCGAGUCGGCCUUCUGUCUCGGCUGUCGAGCCCUCUGAUCAGACUCCAGUAGCGGCUGCUGAAAACAAGUUGGCCUCGCCGAGUGGAGGAUCUUCUUCCUUUUUCAACGUGCCGUCUCCAUCUGCACAACAACGUCCAAAUGCCGACGCAGCAGACGAGGCGACAAACGGUACCCACCACGCAAAGGAACCAAGUGUGGGCAAGGGGAGUGUUCCACCCAGCAAGAUUGUCGAAGAAAGUGGUCCUGUGGAAAAUGACCUACCAGUCGAGCUAGAGGCUGCAUCUGUCGCCGUUCCUGCAGAGCCCGUCAUUACACAAGAGCCGACCACACCCACAAAGGCAUCGUCGUCUACUACGCCCACGCGGGAUAAGUUCCUCCCGCCUAUACCCCAAGACUUUGCCCAAGUGCCACCGACGCCCGUGGCAAAGACAAAUGGCCAACGACCCGCGGACGAUCCAUUUGAGCAUACGGGCGCCAGCGAGCUAGUUGUACGCUUUGAGAUUAUGAUUGUCAAGGUGCCUCUUCUUCCUCUUCACGGAAUCCAGUUUAGGCGCAUCGGAGGGGAUGGAUGGCAAUAUCAUAUGCUAGCACGUCGGGUGCUCACCCAGCUCAGGCUAUGA